AUGGAGCUGGUCAACAGGACAGAGGUCUCUGAGUUCCUUCUGAAAGGAUUUUCGGGCAACUCCGUCUUGGAGCACCUGCUCUUCCCUCUGUGCUCAGCCACGUACCUGGUGACCCUGCUGGGGAAUACAGCCAUCGUGGCAGUGAGCGUGCUGGACGUCCACCUGCACACGCCCAUGUGCUUCUUCCCCGGCAACCUCUCCAUCCUGGAUAUCUGCUACAUCCACCUCCUGUCGGCCCAGAAGACCAUCUCCUUUCUUGGCUGCGCAAUGUAGAUGUGUCUGAGCCUGUCCACAGGCUCCACAGAGUGUCUGCUGCUGCUCGCUGUCAUGGCCUAUGAUCGCUACCUGGCCAUCUGCCGGCCACGCAGGUACCCUGUGCUGAUGAGCCACCGGCUCUGCUUGCUGCUGGCGGGAACCGCCUGGGUACUCUGUUUCUUCAAGUCAGUGACUGAGACAGUCAUCGCCAUGAGGCUGCCCUUCUGUGGCCACCGUGUGGUCAAUCACUUCACCUGUGAAAUCCUGGCAGUGCUAAAGCUGGCGUGUGGUGAUAUGUGCAACGAGGUCUUCCUGUGGGUGGGUGCCAUCCUGCUGCUGCCCGUGUCCCUGGCGUUCAUCUGCCUGUCCUACGUGCUUAUCCUGGCCACCAUCCCGAGGGUGCCCUCAACCGCUGGACGCCACAAAGCCUUCUCCACCUGCUCGGCGCACCUGGCUGUGGUGCUGCUUUUCUAUGGCACUGUCAUCUUCAUGUACACGAAACCCAGGAGCAAGGGGGCCCGCAUCUCUGAUGAGGCCUCCACGGUCCUCUAUGCUGUGGUCACGCCCAUGCUGAACCCCGUCAUCUACAGCCUGAGGAAUAAGGAAGUGACGGAGGCCUCCAGGAAGGUGUGGGGCAGGAGAUGGACCUCCAGGUGA